GAAACCAAGGGAGUAUGAAGUCAGAGAAGGAUGUGCUGGACCUGCUGACCAAGAGACGGCCAACACAGUCUGGACUUUUAAGGUUGAGUCUGAGGUACGCCAAUGAUCUAACUUGUAUAGCUGCUACUGGACAAGUGGACAAUUGAUGCGGCAAGAUGACACACUAAAAGGAUGAAGUACAACUAUUCAUUGUAAUUGUUGUCAUGGAUCGAAAUGAAUGUUCUCCCUGGAUAAAGAGCUGUGUUCAUUCCAUACAUCACGUGACCAGUAUGGGAAGGGUUAACUCUUUCUUAUGUUGUGUGUACACUUUUGGAGUAUUUGCCUUCAUGCCUCUUAAAGGUAAUGGUGUAAAUUCCUUUGUGGGAAUUGUUCAGACUCUGUUUGAUGCCUAAUGUUGCCCCACAGCCUGGGAAACCCCAAAUCCACCUCAUGUCAGUGCAAUUGGAAUUUGUAUUAUUAUCUCUCUUGGUAACUUGUAAAUCCACCAGCAUGCACGGACUGCCUUGCUCAUCUCUGGGCAACUGCUUUGGUAACCCACCUGAUGUCAACCCUGAUCCAGCUCCUCCCCUGGAGCCAAACAACUCCAGACAGAGUUGGAUUAACCGAGAACUUCCAGCUGCAGAUCCAGUUGUUUCCCAGCCAGAAACCCUACCAGGCAGCCCACAGGAGCACCAGCAGCCUCACAGGACUGUCAGCCGGAUCUCCACCCACUCCACCACAUCCAGGAAAGUAAAUGGCACCAGCACAAACUCUAUCCGCCACCAGAAGAACCAAGAUGAUGUCCCAUGCUUUGACUCGCCGCCAAGCUGCCGUAGCAUCUCGCAGAGCUCAGAGGAUGAUGAGCUGGAGCUGGAGUGUAGUCCAGAGCCGGAGCGGAAAUAUCCUCAAAUCCCCAGACCCUCCAUUGUUAUUUUACGAUCAAAGGAAUCAGAAUUCCAGGAAACAGCUACUGACAGGUCGGACGACAGAGAGACGGAGGAUGGAGGGUUAUCAGGUACGGAAACUAACUCCAGCUUCCUCUUCUUUGCUCUCCACCUCCAGCUCUUCCACACCGGAGCCUCGGGGCACAGAUUUGGAAAAUGGAAAAUGUUCUCCAUCGUCAGCUGA